CGCGGUGGGCGGACGUGAUGGUGCUCAGCGUGGGCAGACAGCUGCCCCUGGGGCCUCUCUUCUCCCUACUCUUUUCUACUAGCGUGGCGUACAUCGCCACCAGAGAUAACUGCUGCAUAUUAGAUGAGCGAUUUGGUAGCUUUUGCCCAACUACCUGUGGCAUUGCAGAUUUCUUUAAUAAAUACCAUCUCACUAUGGAUAAUGAACUACAGGAAAUUGAGAGAAUGUUGCAACAAAUCACUAACUCCACAGUAUCAACAGAGCAAUUGAUUCAACACAUCCAAACCAUCAAUCCUCCUGAGAAACAGACACUACCAAAUACAAUUGAUGGAUAUACUCAAAAGUCCAAGAAAAUAAUUGAAGAAAUUAUCAGAUAUGAAAACACUAUUUUGUCUCAUGAAAAUACCAUACAGCAGUUGACAGAUACACAUAUAAUGAACAGCAACAAGAUCACACUGCUAAGACAGAAGAUUGCUCAGCUUGAAACACAGUGUCAGAAGCCAUGUCAGGAUAAUGCUGAAAUACAGGAGACAACUGGAAGAGAUUGUCAAGAUAUUGCAAAUAAAGGUGCCAGAAAAAGUGGUCUUUACUUCAUCAAGCCUCAAAAAGCCAAGCAGAUGUUCCUAGUCUAUUGUGAUAUUGAUUCAUUUGGCAAUGGGUGGACAGUAUUACAGAGGAGACUGGAUGGGAGCGAGGACUUCAGGAAAAAUUGGGAUCAGUACAAAGCAGGAUUUGGGCAUCUGUCUCCAGAUGAUAGCACAGAGUUCUGGCUGGGCAAUGAAAAGAUUCAUUUAAUAACCACACAAUCUAAUCUACCAUACACCUUACGAAUAGAACUGGAGGACUGGAGUGGCAAAAAAAGCACUGCUGACUACGCAGUAUUCAAAGUGGGAAGUGAAGAAGACAAAUACCGUUUGACCUAUGCCUACUUUAUUGGUGGUGAUGCUGGGGAUGCCUUUGAUGGCUUUGAUUUCGGAUCUGUAAGUGACAAAGCAUCGACCUACCAUAAUGGCAUGCAGUUCAGUACCUUCGAUAAUGACAACGAUAGAUUUGAAGGCAACUGUGCUGCGGAAGAUGGAUCUGGAUGGUGGAUGAAUAAAUGUCACGCUGGCCACCUCAAUGGCAAAUACUAUAUAGAUGGUGUGUACACAUCUGAAGAUGCUGGACCGGCUGGAUAUGACAAUGGGAUUAUCUGGGUAACAUGGCGCAGCCAGUGGUACUCCAUGAAGAAAACUGCAAUGAAAAUCAUCCCGUUCAACAGACUGUCAGUAGAGGGACAGCAGCACAACUUAGGCAACACCAAACAGGUUGGAGACGCAUAAAUAGACAAUUUAACAAAGACUUAUCUAAACAGG